CCCCAUCUGGCGCAAUGGCAAACCCUAGUAAAGCCCGUGGCCAAGCGUUCCCCGAUAGACUUAAGGGUAUGUUUGUCUACCAUCGCGGGAUCGCAUUUUAUUUUUCAAUUUUGUGCGUGUUUUUGGGCUCAAUUUUUGAGGCGCCACCAAACGCAGCCCUAGUUCCAGAGACUUCUCUUGCUUCUCUCCCCUCCUCCAGUCCAAGUAUUUCAAUUCUCGCCUUCCGUUACAAGGUUUCCUAUUCCCCAAGGAACUUGUAUAAACGCUUUCGUUUCUUUAGGAAUUUUCAUCUCAAAAGACCUAAUCCCCAAAGCUUAAGAUCAAAAGGUUGGACCUUUUUGAUCAAGUUUUGGGAGUACAGAUAGCGAAGUUGCGAAAAAGAAUGGUUGAACAAUCGGUCGAUACUCGGGAUCCAUGGAUGAGUUUAGACCAGUCCUCGAGAGUUGAGAUUGACAAAGCCGUGUCGUUGAUGACGGAUUCGAUGGUGACAGAGGCAAUUGUAGCGUCCCAUUCUCAGCGUCCGCGUUUAAACUCUGCAUCCGAUGGCCAAUUAGGUCUCGCAGAGAGAGCAUUCUCCGCCGCCGGUGCGUCAUUCGUAUCGGCAAUCCUCGUCAACCCGCUUGACGUUGCCAAGACAAGGUUGCAAGCACAGGCUGCUGGAGUUCCUUACACCCAUCCCCUAAGUAAUGUUACAAGUCGAAUGGCAUUUUUUGGACCAAACAUGAUUUUUGCUGAUCUAAGGUGUUGUCCAUCAUGCACUCGUGCUGGUAUUCAUGGAACUGUAGCAAUUUGUCCUCCUGAUUGCUUCCAAUACAAAGGAACUUUAGAUGUUUUCUAUAAAAUCAUUCGGCAGGAAGGAUUUGCAAGGCUAUGGAGAGGUACAAAUGCAGGUUUGGCUCUUGCCGUACCAACUGUUGGAAUCUACUUGCCAUGUUACGACAUUUUCCGCAACAAGUUGGAGGAAUUCACGGCCCAAAAUAUUCCAAGCAUGACUCCAUAUGCACCUUUAGUGGCAGGUUCAUUAGCACGCUCGUUAGCUUGCACAACUUGCUACCCUAUUGAACUUGCUAGAACACGAAUGCAGGCAUUUAAAGGGGUUCACACUGAUAAGAAGCCGCCUGGUGUGUGGAGGACUUUGAUCGAAGCUAUGUCUAAUGUCAAGAGCACAACUAACCAUCAGAACAACUUGCAGAACUACCGUGUAUUGUGGACAGGCCUCGGGUCACAGCUUGCACGUGAUGUUCCUUUCUCUGCUAUAUGUUGGUCAACACUUGAGCCAAUCAGAAGAAGACUACUUGGUUUAACAGGUGAAGAAUCCAAUGCAGCCACUGUCCUUGGAGCAAAUUUUUCUGCUGGUUUUGUUGCAGGAAGCCUUGCUGCUGCAACUACAUGUCCAUUGGAUGUUGCAAAAACCCGGAGGCAGAUAGAGAAGGAUCCUACAAGGGCAUUGAGGAUGACAACAAGACAAACGCUGAUGGAGGUUUGGAGGGAUGGAGGGAUUAAGGGACUGUUUACGGGUGCUGGUGCUCGUGUUGGCCGUGCUGGCCCUUCUGUUGGGAUCGUUGUGUCAUUUUACGAGGUUGUGAAGUAUGUCGUGCAUCAUCAAUAUGCAACUUCAUGAGCAUACUCCGAGGGUUGGCUUCUUCCUAAGUUUUGCUACUCUUUUACGGAACAUUGCUUGGCUUAACAGAGACACUUGUUCCAUGAGAAAACACCUAAACGGUAUUUACAUGGUGAAUAUUGUAGCAUACAGAGAGAAGUUUUGAUGAGUGUAGAGUUCAGGAAAUAAUCACUUUUUAACCCCAUUUUUUUCCAUCCAAUUUUGGCUGUUCUCUUUUUAACCCUUUAGGUUUAUAAGACAAACUUUGUAACCUUCUGGUUCUUCAAUAAACAGUAAGCAAUUUUUUCCUGAGGUGAUAUCUCAGGUUUGCUUUAUUCA